AUGCUCUCCCACUUCAUACCCCGCUACCUUCUGCCAGACUUCACCUGGCAGGACAACGUUCGACCCGUCGCAAUUGAGCGAAUGCCGCCCACACCGCGACCAACACCCCCCCGACUCCGCCGACUCUGGGGCAUCAUCCACGACUACCUUCAGCGAUUCUCUCGACUCUAUUGUGGCUGGUUUGGCAUCCCUUUCGAUAAUCAAAUUGCCCAGUUACCGUUCGGGCUUAUUCUCAAACGGUCUGAUGGGACUCGCGUCGAAGAGGUUCUGGCUAUGCAAGUCGCUCGGGCUACUGGGUUUCCUGUUCCGAGAGUCAUCUCCUACGGGGAACAUCCUGAUACGCCGCAUGCGCCAAUCUCCAUUCUGAUGACUCGGUUGCCGGGGGCUGAGUUGGGGAGGGUGUAUGAGACGCUCACUAUCGAGGAAAAGGAUUCGAUAUCAAAAGAGCUACAGCGAUAUUUAAGGACUAUGCGGGCAUGGCAAAAUCCAUGGGGUGGAAAUAGGAUCUGCUCUGUAACGGGGACUGCGAUUCGGAGUAUACGGGUCCCUAAUCAUUCCAUGGGUCCGUUUGAAUCCGAGCAAGAGCUUAAUGAAUAUCUGAUUCGACCUUCGUGGGCCGGCGGGUUCUCGUCCGAGGAGGCAUAUCAUACCGCACUCGAUACCGCGAAAGGUAUAGAGAAACAGUCCCAUCGUGUUGUCUUUAGCCAUGGGGAUCUGAAACAUCAUAAUAUUCUGGUACAAGGAGGCAAGGUUACUGGUUUUUUGGACUGGGAAUCUGCCGGCUGGUACCCUGAAUAUUGGGAUUUUACUACGGCGUUGAGGUUUACGAGGGAGAGCGUUUGGUGGUAUGGGUUUGUGGUUGGACUUGGUGGGGGGGUGUAUUUGGAGGAACUGGGUUGUGAACGGGCGUUGACUUCUUUGACGAGUGCUUCUUAUUAUUGGUGA